AUGAACGGGAACUUAAAAGGCAGAAGAGGAAGCAAUCUAAUAGAGUCGGCUAGAAGAUCUAGAUUGCGUAAACAGGCCGAAUGUGAAGAGCUACAAGCAAGAGUAGAAGCAUUAAGCAACGAAAACCACUCACUUAGUGAUGAACUUCGAAGGCUUUCAGAGGAAUGCGGGAAUCUUACAUCUGAAAAUAAUUCAAUAAAGGAUGAGUUGACUCGGUUUUUCGGACCCGAAGCUGUGUCAAAACUUGAUACACAACUUCAAACUCAAACAAGAAAAGGUGACAGUUAACAACAUGAUGAAAAAAUUUGUUAUAAAAGCGUAUUAUACAAUUAGGUCAACAACCAUUUUCGAGUCUUGAGAGAAGGAAUUGACUUUAGGAUUGAUGGAGGAAGUGUGACAUGUUGUGGUUUGCACCUUUUUAUGCUCUCAUACACUACACGAGUAAUCAUUUUUUUAACCAAUGUUGCAUGUCUAUUAGAGCUUUCGUACAUAGAACUUUUAGUCUUUAUGAUUGGUGUUAUUAUUGUUGUAGAAG